UCGCUUUUUGAUCUAAUGCUUAGUGGAACCAGCGAUCGAUGCGUUUUCGCCAGGUUACCCAUUUUGUUUCAUUAGAGUUCAGCCGCUAUAUUAAUAAUUUAAGGCUACUUUUACAUCUUGACAUACUGAUACAAUCGCUCUCGGCUGCGUGCUCAUAAGACGCACCGUUAUCUCCACUUAUAUUAUCACACACCGUGCCGGCAGAUGAGUUUCUUAAAUAGGCUGCUUUUUUGGCUUUUCACUCGGAACAUUGGAAUAGGCAACUAUAAACUGUCUAACAAGGUGGCGGUCUGAAGACUAUGCUGGAUGCCAUGGAAGUCCCAAGUCAUGCUAGGCACCUCCUCCUGCAGCUCAACACGCAGCGCACCAAGGGCUUUCUGUGCGAUGUCAUAAUCGUGGUGCAGAACGCCCUCUUCCGAGCCCACAAGAACAUCCUGGCGGCCAGCAGCCUCUACCUGAAGUCCCUGGUCGUCCACGACAACCUCAUCAACCUAGACCAUGAGAUGGUGAGCCCCGCCGUCUUCCGGGUCAUCCUGGACUACAUCUACACGGGCCGCCUGACCGAGCCCGACCCGGCCUCCCCGACCGAGCCCAACAUCGGGGCGGUGCUGGCCGCGGCCAACUACCUGCAGCUGCUGGACCUGGUGGCCCUCUGCAAGAAGAAGCUGAAGAGGAACGGAAAGUAUUCGUCCUCGCACCCGGGUCCCGGUUUCCUGCCGUACAAGCUGACCGCCAGCGAUGUUGGCCUGGGCGGCAGGGGACGGUAUCGCGUGACCACGCCCGUCAUCCAGCCCUGCUUUCCCAUCGGGAACAGCCACACGCCCCGCCCUCCUUCUCUGGACGACCUGCCCCCGCACCCGGUGCCCCGCCACAGCCAUGGCGGAGAGCUCUACGCCCCCAUCGGCGCUCAGGGACCCCAGGCCUUCCCUGGCCUGCAGCAAGGCCUGCCCCCGGGGCAGCCGGGCCUCCGCCUGCCCCCGCCCGACAGGAACUGCUCCCCCAUCUACGGCCUGGACCUGUCCAAGAAGAGUCCCGGCUCGCAGUCCCAGCACACGCCGUCCCACCUGAGCCACGGCCACCAUCCGGAGGACGGGGAGCUCAUGGGAGGCAGAGACGGACCUCAGAGCGGCCGAGACAGCAGCCCCCUGCGGCCCACGUCCAACCACUCGGACAAGAUGGAGACCAACGACCACCCGGGCCAGCCGCUGACGCCCCACUCCCUGCCCCGUCUCAACCAGCCGCUGGUGCCCCAUUUGCCCCACCUGCAGCGCCCGGGCCCCCAGACCAACCAGGAGCCGUACCCGUGCCCGCCCAGCCCAGACACCCCGGGGGACAACGGUGACCGCCGCGGCAGGGACAGAACGGGCAGCAUCUACCCCUGGGUCAAGAACGAGCCCUACAACGCAGAGGACGAGGAAGAGGAUGAGGAGGACGAGGAGGGGGACGACAGAGACAAGGAUGGCCACCACCACCACCACCAGCACCUGAACGACCACCGAGGGGGGGACUGCGACGGCGAGGACGAGAAAAGCGGCUCGGGCAGCGAGGAGACGGGCAGCAGCGAGGGCCGGCCGUCGCCACCGGGGGCGCUGGGGAGGUACCACAUGCCCUUCGAGCCGGAGAGCUUCGGGGACAACCUGUACGUCUGCAUCCCCUGCGACAAGGGCUUCCCCAGCUCGGAGCAGCUCAACGCCCACGUGGAGUCCCACACAGAGGAGGACCUCUUCAACAGCUCGGAGAUGGGAAAUGGCAAUGGCAAAGGCGGCACUCCCUCCGGUACCCCCAACGGACCGGCCGGCCUGAACAGCAACAACAGCCUGUCCUACCUGGAGGGCAAGAAUGGCCAGGUGCUGCCCGCCGCCGUGGGCCUGGGCGAGAUGAUCCGCCCCUACCGCUGCUCCUCCUGCGAGAAGUCCUACAAGGACCCGGCCACGCUGCGCCAGCACGAGAAGACCCACUGGCUGACGCGCCCCUACCCGUGCAGCAUCUGCGGCAAGAAGUUCACGCAGCGCGGCACCAUGACGCGCCACAUGCGCAGCCACCUGGGCCUCAAGCCCUUCGCCUGCGACGCCUGCGGCAUGCGCUUCACGCGCCAGUACCGCCUCACCGAGCACAUGCGCAUCCACUCGGGCGAGAAGCCCUACGAGUGCCAGGUGUGCGGCGGCAAGUUCGCCCAGCAGCGCAACCUCAUCAGUCACAUGAAGAUGCACAGCACGGGGGGUGCCUCGCUCACCCCCGACGGCAAGCUCAAGAUGGACUUUGGCGACGGCAUCUACCCGCUCACCAAGUACACGGCCGAGCACCUGGGGCUGAAGCAGGAGAAGGCCGAGCUGCUGGCCCAGGCCUCGCAGCACCUGCUGGACGCCAAGACCAUGGAGAGCCUGUACCCUCUGCACAAGCUGUCGGAGCACCUGGGGCUGGCCGCGGCCGCAGGCAUACACGAAAAGAUGGAGGCCCUGAACCAGGCCCUGCCCCCUCCCCCACCACCUCCACCCAUCCCCGGGGAGACUCGCACCAUUGACCGCUACUCGCCCAGCUAAGGAGGUGGGGGGACGACAGAGAGAGAGAGAGAGAAACAGAGCAAGCUAGGGAGAAAGAAAGAUGAUGAAAGAGAGCCUGCCAACUGCAGACGAGUUUCGGACAAGUCUUACUUGGCAUCGUUGAGGACGCCUUUUUCAUAAAUACCGCCUACAGUAUUUUUUUUUCAACUCCACUCUCACCUCAGCUUCUUCUGAAACCCGCACCUCAGAUACGUGAGGCCAAAGAAAUCCUUGGCCAAAAACAAAAGCAAAAAAACAACAAAAAACAAAUGCACACAAGACUUGACUUCAAUAAGUGCCUUUCCUUGCAGAUUUUGCAUCACAUGCAGUUCAGAACAAAAAAGUGUAACGUCCUGAAAGGAGAACUGUUAUUUAUGUACUGGUUUUGACCAUGGGACAAAAACAUGACAAAAGUGCAGUAUUUAUAUGACACCAACUCUCUUUUUUUAGCUUAACCCAUCGAGCCUGAAAACAAAAUUUCAAAAACCAAAAAAGAUUGUUUUUUGUAAUUUAUUUUUCAACCUUUUGUAUGUAAAAGAAAAAAGCCAAAUGAGAAAAUUGUUCAAAAUGUUACAGACAGUGUUUCAACCAAAUACCAUUAAACCUGUGUACUUUGAGAUGCUAGUGUAUAUAGAUAAAAAAAUGAGGAAAAACAAGCACAUAUGAACAAAGAUUCAGGGCUUCUGUCCAAGACUGAAAGAAAAGGGGAAUUUGGACACAAGAAAAAAAAGCCAAACCUUUGGGAUUUUACAGAAAUUAGAAGACUGUCUUUUUCUUUUUUUUUGAAAGACUUGACGCAGUACUGGAUAUUGUCCUGUACCUCACCACUUUCCCAGCAUUUUGCCAGCUCUUCCCAUCAAGAGGGAGCAACAAACUGUGGAAGAGAGUUUGUUCCAGCAUUUAGGUAAUGUGAUCUUAACUUUUGUUUUCAGCAUUUUGUUGCCGGGCCCCCUUUUUUUAAAAAAAAGCCUGUAUGUGUAUCAGCAGCACCACAACAAUAGUAGCGCAAUUAUUUUUUUCCCCCAAAGCUGUGCCAUAGCCUUUUGAACCCUGUAACUUUUUUGCACAUUGCAUUGCUUAAUUCCACCCCUGAAUUCAAACCAAGUGCCUUCAAACUUUUUUUUGUCAUGAAAAAAAGUAGCAGCAGCUCUGUACAGCCCCUGUGAUCUCACAACUGGGAAAACAUAGCACAUACUCCAGCCAUGACAUAGUAAUCCCCGUUCAUGAAUUUUAAUCCAUCUGGUGGGGUUAAGAGCAAGCAUGGGCGUUGCCACAACAAAAUAAAAAAUUGAAAUAUUUAAAAAAGAAUAGAGUAUAAUAUUUACAACGGCAGGCCACAGCCCUCUAGCGAUAGGCCCCCAGAGAGUCUUCGCUUUAAUCCGACUAUAAACUAUGUCUGCGCUGAUCCACGACUGUCUCGGGGUGACGAGAUAAAAGACGUCUUCUGUUCAGACGCCGUCUUUCUCUUCCUCGAUCUAUCCUGCUGACGGGCUGACAAACAUGCUAAACAAGCAUUUACAAACAGUGAGAGCGAGUGGAGGAUGGGAUGGGGGGGGAGUGAGGGAGGCCUGCCGGUUGGGCGGCUCGGCUGGGCUGGGCUGUGUGAUGAGUGCUGGGUGUGGGGAGGGACUGCCUCCUGUGGCCCCAAAACAUCUCCACAUAAACCCAAGUUGUCUCUGUAGCACCCCAAGUAUCUCUCUCUCUCUCUCUCUCAUACACACAC